AUGCUGGCGGUGGCGGAGCAGGAGUAUCCACAGGUCUACAUCCGGGCCAGCAGGGGGCGCAGCGCUGCACAGCCCCUACAGCUGGACUACAUAGACCUCAACUCCAACACCAGCUGGUUCACCGACACCGGACUCGAGAGCCGCAGUGCUGACCGGGUUCAGCUGAGUCAGUUGGAUGCAGACACUCUGCUGGUGCUGAUAGACAACAGAACUGUUGUCAUGGAGAAGCGAAUGUGUGACGACCAAUCAGGACUCUGUAAUCUGUACGUGCUGGAGACGACUGACUCCGCCCCUAUCUCCUGAGCAACAGCAACUGACCGAGAGACUGUUACUAACGUUACUUUGCAGUAAACAGGAGAUCAUGAAGACCAUGCAGACGUCUGCUGUGUGUGUGUGUGUGUGUGUGUGUGUGUGUGUGUAAGGCUUGUUUUGUCUCCACAAGGAGAACGCCUCAUAAAUCACACAGAAUAAAGGAUUGUGAAGAUGUGAAACUGCA